AAGUCGGCUCCCUGGGCUGGUCACAAAAUUUGCAUGGAGAGAAUGAGGCUCCUCCAGGGCUCCCCCCUCUCUCCCUCCCUUCCCCCUCUAGUCAUCCUGGGGCUGAGGUGUGACUGCAGGUGGAAGAAGCAGUCGUCUGUGUGGGGCCAUCUCACCAUUCCUGGAGGUGAUGCCCCGUGCCUUCCUGGUCAGGAGUCAGCGUUCACAGCCACCCAACUGGGGCCACCUGCCUGAUCAGCUCCGGGGAGAUGCCUAUGUCCCAGACUGCAGCAACCAGCAGGGCCCUCCAGCACACCAGUCUUCUGGCUUCGGAGACUCUUGGGUAGCGCCCAUGCAGGGCAGGCUGGCCUCCACUCCCAGGGGCCCGGGGACACUUGGCUGCCCGCUCUGCCCCAAGGCCUUCCCUCUGCAGCGCAUGCUGACACGACACCUCAAGUGCCACAGCCCUGCGCGCCGCCACGUGUGCCACUGUUGUGGCAAGGGCUUUCACGAUGCCUUCGACCUCAAGCGCCACAUGAGGACUCACACCGGGAUCCGGCCAUUCCGCUGUGGAGCUUGCGGGAAAGCAUUUACACAGCGCUGCUCACUUGAAGCUCAUCUUGCCAAGGUGCAUGGGCAGCCGGCCAGCUACGCUUAUCGUGAGCGCCGUGAGAAGCUGCAUGUGUGUGAGGACUGUGGCUUCACCUGCUCGAGGCCGGACGCCUACGUGCAGCACCGCGCCCUACAUCGCGCUGCUUGA